AUGCUGGCCAUCAGGAAGAGGGGCUUCAAGAUGUAUACUCUUGCCUUAUUGUUUGUCAUCACCAUCACGUCGUUCUUGCUGAACUACAGCCACAACACGGUCAUGGUCGCCUGGGACCCCAAACAGCUCAUCUACCAGUUUUCGGAGCAGUUUCGGAGACUGAUGAAAUAUUCCCGGAGGCCUUGCAGCUGCCGCACGUGCAUUUCUGAAGAGGGGGUCUCGCUCUGGUUCGACGACAGGUUCAACCAAACUAUGCAACCCUUCCUGACCACACAGAAUGCCUUCAUGCCCGAAGACAGCUACAAGUGGUGGCUGGUGAGUAGCUUAGCUGUGGAGGAGAGAGACCUGUUUGCCUUGGGGUCUCCCCACUUUCUUGUGUUGUUUUUUCCCCAGCCUUCAGUCAUCCAAAUUUUCCCUAGCCAUUUUUAAUUGGUGUGUAUGUGUGAACCAAGAGGGACGCGGGCGGCGCUGUGGUCUAAACUACUGAGCCUAGGGCUUGCCGAUCAGAAGGUCGGUGGUUCAAAUCCCUGUGAUGGGGUGAGCUCCCGUUGCUCGGUCCUUGCCCCUGCCCACCUAGCAGUUCGAAAGCAUGUCAAGUGGAAGUAGAUAAAUAGGUACCACUCCAGCGGGAAGGUAAACGGUGUUUCCGUGCGCUGCUCUGGUUCGCCAGAAGCGGCUUAGUCAUGCUGGCCACAUGACCCGGAAGCUGUCUGCGGACAAACGCCAACUUCCUCGGCCUAUAGAGCGAGAUGAGCACCACAACCCCAGAGUCGUCCGCGACUGGACCUAAUGGUCAGGGGUACCUUUACCUAUGCGUGAACCACCAGCAUUUUAGUGCAGGAUUCUCCAGAAACAGGCACAUUUCUGUAUGCACUUUUGACCAAGACGAAACAUCUUUUCAAGCAAUUUCCCCCUAAUGCGAUGUAAAUCUUUUGGUGUUGUUUUUCACAAACAUGGUGCAUUUUCCUUUACCCUCGUACGUGCAUUGUUGUGCACCUCGGUUGGUUGGAGCCUUGCGUGGCCAAAUUUGUAAGGAUCAUAAAAUCGUAGGAAGAGUUUCAUUAAAAAUUCCCAGCUAUUGGCAAAUUGAAUCAAAGGAUCUGAGAGCUGCAUCUAGUCCAACCCUUCAAUGCAGGAAUCUCAGCUAAAGCGUCCCUGACAUAUAGCCAAACAAACCUCUGCUUAAAAACCUCCAAGGAAGGAAAGUCCACCACCUCCUGAGGGAGACCAUUCCACUGUCAAACAGCUUUUACUGCCAGAAAGUUUUUCCUGAUAUUUAGUCAGAGUCUUCCUCUUGUGAGGCUUCCCUAGAGGGUUCUCUGGCUGGAGGCUCCCAGUACGUUUCCGAGCACAAUUCAAAGUAUUGGUGCUGAUCUUUAAAGCCCUAAACGGCCUCGGUCCAGUAUACCUGAAGAAGCAUCUCCACCUCCAUCGUUCUGCCUGGACACUGAGGUCCAGUGCCGAGGGCCUUCUGGCGGUUCCCUCACUGCGAGAAGCCAAGUUACAGGGAAUCAGGCAGAGGCCUUCUCGGUAGUGGCACCCGCCCUGUGGAACGCCCUCCCACCAGAUGUCAAAGAGAAAAACAACUACCAGAUUUUUAGAAGACAUCUGAAGGCAGCCCUGUUUAGGGAAGCUUUUAAUGUUUAACAGACUACUGUAUUUUAAUACUUUGUUGGAAGCCGCCCAGAGUGGCUGGAGAAACCCAGCCAGAUGGGCAGGAUAUAAAUAAUAAAUUAUUACUAUUAUUAUUAUUAUCUUCAUCCCUGAGCAUUGGCCAUCAGGGCAGGGCCCGAUAGAUCCUUGCAAGCAUCUGGAGGGCCACAGAUGUGGUCAACAAUAGGCAUUGAACCUUUGUGUUAUUCAUUCAUCCCCUCAAUGUGUUUCCCAGCCAUUUUCGUAACUAUCAUUUUGUUUGCUUGUUACAUUUCUAUCCCACCCGUUUCUCCAAAGAACUCAAAAGUGACUUGCAUGGCUGUCCCUUUCCCCCAUAUUAUCCUCAGAGCAACUCUGCAAGGUAGUCUUGAGAGUGAGUGUCUGGCUCAAGGUCAACCAGCAAGCUUCCUGGCUCAGGUGGGGAUUCGAACCCUGAUCUCUCCCAAGUCCUAGUCCAACACUCUAACCACCAAACCACCACUGGCUCUCAACAAAUCUACAAAGAAGUUGCCUUUUGUAAGAACACUGCAGUUGCACAAACCUAAAUUUCCGGCAUGCUCUUGGAUCCCUCCUGCAAAUUACUGACAGCCUGGAGGCAGCUUUAGUGACCAAUCUGAGAAACGGUUUGUUCUGCAUGUUAUCUGGUUUCUGUGGCAAGCUGUCCAUCAGAAAUUUCUGUCGUGGGUGGCUUUCCCGAUAUCUGAGAGGCCCGUUAAAUCUGUGCUGACAGCAGGGGGGGGGGGACACCUGCCAAUCCUCCCCAAAAUCAAUAUCAUUAGAGGCAAUGACCGGAUUUCUGUUGCCUGUGGUCCCGCCAGCUGGCUCAUUUCUUACUUCACAUUAUAAUUGGGUUUGGGCGGGGGUAGGAAACAGCUGCAGAAUAGAUGUUCACAUUUGCCCGUAAGGAAAUAAAAGCACCAUAUUAUGGAAAUUGCAAGUCUAGGUAGGGAUACCAAUGUGGUGUAGAGGUUAGAGUGUCGGACUAGAAACUGGGAAACCAGGGUUUGAAUCCCCAUUCUGCCACGAAGCUCACCGGCUGACCUUGGACCUCUCAGCCUAACCUACCUCAAAGCGUUGUUAGGAGGAUAAAAUAGGGUGCAUGGGAAUGCAGGGAUCUUUUUUUCCCCUGGUGGGGGACACACCAUGCUCCUUCUGGGGUAGUUUGUUCACCUUUGGUCCUCAGCCUGCACUCCGAUCUCACCUGUGGCUCUUAGAAGCAGUCAGCAUGCAACAGCGGCCACACUCUGGGAAUGGCUUUGACUGACUGGCUAAACCCCUUGAGGGUAGCUGAUGGGUCUCAAACCCUCGGUGAAUUAAGGAUUUCCCCUGCAUGUGAAGACAGGCUCAGCAGAUUGAGACCAUUCAUCAUCAUCAUCAUCAUCAUCAUCAUAAUUAUUUUUUAUUUAUACCCCGCCCUCCCCAGCCAAGGCCGGGCUCAGAGCGGCUUACAAGCAAUAAUAAAAACAAGAUGAAUGAUUACAACUUAAAAACAAAAAUAAAAUACAACAUUAAAAUAAUGGAACAUUAAAAUAUUAAAAUGUAGCCUCAUCGCAGGAGGAGAAGGAAAUGAAAAAAGAAAGAGAGGGAGGGAGGGAAUCAAAUUGGCUCCAAGCCAAAGGCCAGGCGGAAGAACUCCUUCUUACAGGCCCUGCGGAAAGAAAUCAGAUCCUGCAGGGCCCUGGUCUCAUGAGGCAGAGCGUUCCACCAGGCUGGAGCCAGAGUUGAAAAGGCCCUGGCUCUGGUUGAAGCCAAUCUAACUUCCUUAGGGCCCGGGACCACUAGGGUGUUGUUAUUUAUGGACCUUGAGGCUCUCCGUGGGGCAUAUCGGGAGAGGCGGUCCCGUAGGUAGGAGGGUCCUAGCCCGUGAAGGGCUUUAAAGGUCAAAAGUAGCACCUUAAAUCUGACCCUGUACUCCACCGGGAGCCAGUGCAGCUUGAAAAGCACUGGGUGAAUAUGCUCCCAUGGCAAAGACCCCGUGAGGAGCCUCGCUGCAGCAUUCUGUACCCGCUGGAGUUUCUGGGACAGCUUCAAGGGCAGCCCCGCGUAGAGCGAAUUACAGUAGUCAAGCCUGGAGAUGACCGUCGCAUGGAUCACUGUGACCAGGUCGGGGCGGGAAAGGUAAGGGACCAACUGCUUGAUGCGGCGAAGGUGGAAAAAUGUCGCCUUGGAUCGCUUCUCGGCCUUUUGGCUAAGAUCAAGUGUAGUAUCUGUUCUUAUCAGUUUAAUAUCUGAUAUGUCCUCUAUUUGAGGACUAUAUAAAAAUGUCGCCUUGGCUGUUGCUGUAACUUGCGCCUCCAUGGAAAGGGAGGCGUCAAGGAUUACACCCAAACUCUUAACGGAAGGCAAUGGCACUAAUUGGGCCCCCGCAAGAGAAGGGAGUUGGUCCCUCAUCCCCAUGCCAUCCCGACCUAGUCAUAGGACCUCUGACGCUCAAGAAGUGGGUCUGACGCUCAAGAAGGCGGUUUCUCCAAGAGCUUUAAUCAAGGAAACGAAUGUGAUAUCUACCACGUUUGAAUGCCUCUUGUGUCACCUAACCUGCUCCAGCCUAUUGAUUCCUAAGCCAAGACACUGCUGUAACAACAACAAACAACAACAGCAACAAUUUAUUACUUAUACUGCGACCAUCUGGCCAGGCCUCCCCAGCCACUCUGGGCAGCUACCAACAAAAUAUUAAACACAUAAAACAUCAACAUAAAAAGCUUUCCUAAACUGGGCUGCCUUCAGAUGUCUUCUAAAAGUCAGGUAGUUGUUUAUUUCUUAGACAUCUUAUGGGAGGGUGUUCCACAGGGUGGGCGCCACUACCAAGAAGGCCCUCUGCCUGUUUCCCUGUAACCUCACUUCUUGCAAGGAGGGAACCGCCAGAAGGCCCUUGGAGCUGGACCUCAGUGUCCAGACUGAAUGAUGGGGGUGGAGAUGUUCCUUUGGGUAUACUGGACCGAGGCCAUUUAGGGGUCAGCACCAACACUUUGAAUUGUGCCUGGAAUCCUUUUUCCACAGCCCCUCCGAAAGCCGCGCAGUGACUUGUAUGUUCUUCUUUACAGAAGCUCCAAGGGGAAAAGAACCCCAAGGGUUUAAAUGAGACCAUCCAGGAGCUGUUUGAGCUCAUCCCUGGAGACGCGGACCAGCUCCUGGAGAGAAGCGGUUCGCGAUGCAGGCGGUGUGCCGUGGUGGGGAACUCGGGUAACCUCAAGCAGUCGCAGUACGGCCAGGAGAUCGACAACCAUGACUUUGUGUUCAGGUGAGUCCCUGUUGCAAGGUUUAGCGAUCUUAGCCUGACCGCUCUCUGCCACUGAAAGUAACAAAAAGAAAAGAAAGAAACCAUUAUCUUCACGGUGAGGCUUAAAUAGGUGACGUCUGGAGCUGAGCCUCACCAAAGAUCCCAUUUACCAAUUUUCAGCCCAUUGCUGCUGCAGACUCGUGAUUCGCAUACACCUCCCCCUCACCUGAUAAUUCGAUAUUUGCAACCAAAUGGGGGAACUGACUCCAUAGGAAAAAGGCUGCACCUCAGCAGUAGAGCACCUGGUUUUUGUGCAGAACGCCACAACUUCAGUCCCCAGCAUCUCCAUGUAAGGCUGGGAGCAGUGGUGUAGCAUGGGUUGCCAGAGCCACAUGGAGGGACGUUUGAAACGGACAAAAUAUGGGUGCACAUUCAACUGCCUCACGGCAUCCACAUCACCCAGGAGAUUGCAGCCACCGAGAUAAGAAAAGGAAAGUCAUUCCGUUGUCCAGAGAGGUCGCUUCCUGGUCCGCAUGGAGAAGCCGUUUCCAACGGAGCCCAGCGACGGAAGCUGUGUCCCCUGUGCCCCCCUCAAAAAAGCUACACCACUGGCUGGUGGGGAGAGAGAGACCAGUCUGAAAUACUGAACAGCAGCUUCCGGGUCAUGUGGCCAGCACGUCAAAGUGCAAGUAGAUAAAUAGGUACCGCUCCGGCGGGAAGGUAAACGGCGUUUCCAUGCACUGCUCUGGUUUGCCAGAAGCGGCUUAGUCAUGCUGGCCACAUGACCCGGAAGCUGUAUGCCGGUCCCCUCUGCCAAUAAAGUGAGAUGAGCGCCACAACCCCAGAGUCGUCCGCGACUGGACCUAAUGGUCAGGGGUCCCUUUACCUUUUUUAAGGUGAGACCAGCCUAUCUAGUCCAUCUAGAUAUGCUUUCGAACUGCUAGAAAUUGUGCUCCGGCGGCGGAGCAGCAGCAGGAGGCCCCAUUAACUAAAGUGGUGCUUCAGGUUAAGAACAGUUCAGGUUAAGAACGGACCUCCGGAAUGAAUUAAGUACUUAACCCAAGGUACCACUGUAGUAUUAUCAGUAAAAAACCAAAAAAACCCCCCCAAAAACCCAGCUCUUUAAAACGUUCAAAAAAAUAAAAUUGGCAACAAACUAAAAACAGAUUAAAACAUACUUCAACCUUCUCCAGGUCUGGUUAGGCUCGACUAAAGGGAAAAUGUUUUUAGCAGGCGCCAAAAUUGAAUACAGCAAAGGUUUCUCUGCCUGGUGUCAAUAGGCAGGGAGUUCCAAAGUGUUGGUUCUGCCACACUAAAAGACUGAUUUCUCAUAAAUAUAGAACAGGUGUUAUAUGGAGCCUUUAACAGUCCCAGUUCCGCCGAUUGAAGCAGUCGAGUGGGGUGGUAUUAUUAAUUAAUUAAUUUUGUAUACUGCCCUAUAUGCCGUAUACUGUAAUUUCUGUAUACUGUAUACAGGAUUCAGGGCAGUUCACAACAUCUUGCAGGUAAACUGGUCCCAGGUUGUUAAUGGCUUUAUAUACUAACAGUAACACCUUGAACUUGACCUGGGAGCAGAUCAGGAACCAGCACAGAUCUCUGGGCAAGUGUUCUAUACUGACAAGGUUUCGCUCCUGUCAGUAACUGUGUUUCAGCGUUUUGCACUAACCUCAGCUUCCUGGUCAAGCACAAGGGAAGCCCCACAAAGGGCACAUUGCAGUAAUCUAGCCAAUGCAUGAACUACCAUGGUCAGUCUUUCCCAAUCCAGGAAUGGUUGCAGCUGUCGAACCAAUUGCACUUCUGUGCUUGAGAGGAACCCUUCCUUAGCCAACAGAAGAAUUUUCUGAAGUCCAUUCAGGGUGCAGGGACUGGCCAUGAGACUUACGAGGUGGGAAGGGGAGAUAUUUAUUCUCCAGCCUGCAAAUGCCCCCAUCAAUAGCGGCCGUUGCCAUCUGUGGCAAGAUGAUGCCUACCUGCCCCAUGUACCUCCUCCUGGCGUUGCCUGCUUUUUCCCUCACCCCUCUUCUCUUGGACCACGCAGAAUGAACAAAGCCCCCACAGCCGGCUAUGAGUCUGACGUCGGCAGCAAGACGACCCACCACUUUGUCUACCCUGAGAGCUACAAGGAACUGGGCGAGAACGUCAGCAUGAUAGUCAUCCCGUUCAAGACCCUGGACCUUCGCUGGGUCAUCAGCGCUCUCACCACAGGGACCAUCAACCAGUAAGUGGCCAUGUCUGCUCUGUUCUAGGAGGCCAUGAGAAGUUGGGCGAGUUCUGCUGGACGAGAUCUAGGAGUCUUUGUGGACCACUCACGUUGGGUCAACAAUGCGAUGCAGCAGCAAAAAAAGCAAAUGCUGUUCUAGGCUGCACCAACAGAAGUAUAGUAUCUAGAUCAAGGGACGUAAUAGUGAGCCCACAACUUGAUCCAGCAGAUCUCUUCAUAUGAUCUCACAGAAUAGUAGAAUCAUAGAACUGUAGAGGGAAGCAAGAACUCUAGUCUAACCCUGUGCAAUGCAGGAAUCUCAACUAACUCAUCCAUGACAGAUGGCCGUCCAACCUCUACUUACAAACCUCCAAGGAAAGCCCAUCAACUGAGGGAGUCCAUUCCACUGUCGAGCAGCUCUUACUUUCAGAAAGUUCUUCCCGAUGUUUAGUCAGAAUCCCCUUUCUUGUCACUUGAAGCCAUUGGUUCGAGUCCUACCCUCCAGAGCAGGAGAAAAUCAGCUUGCUUCAUCCUUCAUGCGACAGCCCUUGACAUAUUUGAAGAUGGCUAUUGUAUCUCCUCUCAGUCUCCUGAGGUUUGGUUUCCAGACCCCAUAUAUAUAUAUAUAUAUAUGUUUUUUAACAUAUCAUUUUCAACAGUAAUUAAGCAUACUUUUACAUCUUAUUCAAUUUUUUAGACUUCCAUCAAUCCUGUCUGAAAAUUUUCCAAUCUAAUCUCUUAGUAUGCAUUUCUUAUUUUCCCUAUUACAGUGGUACCUCUGGUUACGUACUUAAUUCGUUCCAGAGGUCCGUUCUUAACCUGAAACUGUUCUUAACCUGAAGCACCACUUUAGCUAAUGGGGCCUCCCGCUGCUGCCUUGUCACCGGAGCACGAUUUCUGUUCUCAUCCUGAAGCAAAGUUCUUAACCCGAGGUACUAUUUCUGGGUUAGCGGUGUCUGUAACCUGAAGUGUAUGUAACCUGAAGCAUAAGUAACCCGAGGUACCACUGUACAUUUCAAACUCAUAACCAAUAUCUCUAUCUUUUCCUACUUUGUAACACUUUGUAUAUUUCUCCUUAUAAAACUUCUUGUAGUCCUACUAGCAUAAUUUGUUGAUUACAGUUGCUCUUCAAAUAAUUCAUAUACUUCUUCCAGUCUUAUGUAAAUCUCUGGUCCCGCAGGUUUCGAAUCCUUCCUGACAUUUUGUCCAAUUCUGCAUAGUUCUUUAAUACAUUACACAUAGUCCAUUAUACAUUUUUUUAAAAAAAACCAGAAGCGUUCUUACUUGGUAUUAUAGGUCAGGACAUUAAUAGGCAAGAUGUUAAAUUGUUUUUAUUUGCAACAACUGCGGCAAUAGUACUGUUAGCCCAGAAAUGGAAACAAGAAGAAAUUAUGACGAAAGAAGAAUGGCAGACGAAAUUAAUGGACUAUGGCUUCCAGACCCUUUAUCCUCUUGCUUGCCCUCCUCUGCACAUGUUCCAGCUUGUCAGCAUCCUAAAUUGUGGUGCUGAUAACUGGACACAGGACUCCAGGUAUGGUCUGACCAAGGCAGAAUAAGAGUGAGACCAUUACUUCCCUUGAUCUGAACACUAGAUUUCUGUCAAUCCAGCCUAAAGUAGCAUUAGCUGUUUUUGCUGCUGCAUCACAACGUUGACUUACGUUAAGCUUGUGGUGAGAGAUUCUUCCAUUGUGAUUCCUGCAUUGCAGCAGGUUGGGCUAACCAACUCUUCAAUUCUUCCCAACUCUACAAUUCUAUUAUUCUAUAUCUGGCUGAUGCAGGCUGUUGUUGUUUAGUAUUUAGUCGUGUCCGACUCUUUGUGACCCCCUGGACCAGAGCACGCCAGGCACUUCUGUCUUCCUCUGCCCCCCCCGCAGUUUGGUCAAACUCAUGUUAGUAGCUUCGAGAACACUGUCCAACCAUCUCGACCUCUGUCGUCCCCUUCUCCUCAAUCUUUCCCAACAUCAGGGUCUUUUCCAGGGAGUCUUCUCUUCUCAUGAGGUGGCCAAAGUAUUGGAGCCUCAGCUUCACGAUCUGUCCCUCCUGUGAACACUCAGGGCUGAUUUCCUUCAGAAUGGAGAGGUUUGAUCUUCUUGCAGUCCAUGGGACUCUCAAGAGUCUCCUCCACCACCAUAAUUCAAAAGCAUCAAUUCUUCAGCGAUCAGCCUUCUUUAUGGUCCAGCUCUCACUUCCAUACAUCACUACUGGGAAAACCAUAGUGUUUACUAUACGGACCUUUGUUGGCAAAUGCAGGCUAUUAGAAGGUGUUCAAUCUCGCCCUCCAACACACCUGAUAUUUAUUCUUACGUGCCUCCUUCCUGUUCCAUUUAUUUCAUCUGGAAGUUGCCGCCGAUCAGAUCAGGCAGGUUCCUGAAGUUAGUUUCUGGAUGAUGGUUAUUAUUAUAAGCCACGGCAGCCCACCGAGUUUCAGCCAGGAAAUUAAAAACACGAGGAGCACACAAUGUAGAGAGCAGGCCUCUGGCAAGCAGGAAGAAGAUGGGCUUGUGAUUAAUGGACAGGGACUUUUUUUUAUGAAGUGAGAGCACUUUUCCCCUGCAAUGGGCCAUAGAGAGCCAAAGUAGGCGCAGCUCAAUUUUGAGCCUCAACUGAGACCGACGAUAUAUGGGGGAAGCAAGCGGUCAUGACCCCGUAGGAACCUGGCUGGCUGUUGGGAGAACAGAAUGAAUGCGGAAUUGGACGAGCCUUUGGCCUCAUCCAGCCAUUGUUGUUGGCAGUAAGAACAUUUAUUUUUAUUUAUUGCAUUUAUAUCUCACCUUUUUCUCCAAAGAGCUCAACAUUGGCAUACUGUGUGAUCUUCCCCCCAUCUCAUUUAAUCCCCACAACAACCCUGCGAGGCAGUGACUGGCCCAAGGUCACCCAGGGGGUGUCAUACGUGAGUGGGGAUUUGAGACCUGUCCCACUGAACAUAAGGAGAGGCUGCUGGAUCAGGCCAAUGGCCCAUCUAGUCCAGCAUCCUGUUCUCACAGUGGCCAGCCAGAUUCCUUUUGUCAGGUGUGCGAGCAGGAGCCAGGCCCUGUGACCAAUAGGACUCUGCAGGACGGGCCUUCCUAAGUUUGUUCUGAAGAGGCAAGGCAUGGCCGCACAGGUGAGGCCAGUUGGUAACUCACAGCACCUGGUGGCAAGAGCUGGGAAGCGAUAUAAAGUCAGCAUUUCCCUUCGGCUCUUUGCCACAGAAACACGACCCUGCCUUGCUGCGUUUGGCUUCUUGCUUCCUGGUCCUUGAACCUCGGCUUCUUGACUCCUUGCUUCUUGAUCCUUGGACCCUUGACUUCUUGACUCCCUGCUUCUUGAUCCACGGACCCUUGACUCCUUGCUUCCUGACCUUCGGACCCUUGGCUUCCUGACUCCUGGCUUCUGGACUCCUGUUCCUGCUCCCACCCCGCCAUCUUGCCCCCGGUCCUGAUGUCCCCUGCCGGGACUUCGAUCGCCCGUGAACCAGACCAUGACAGCUGUGGAAAACCAGCAAGCAGGACCAGAAAUGCAGCAGCAAAAAAAGCUAAUGCUCUUCUGGAAUCUCAGCUAAAGCAUCCAUGACAGAUGGCCACCCAACCUCUGCUUAAAAACCUCCAAGGAAGGAGAUUCCACCACCUCUCGUGGGGGUCUAUUCCACUGUCAAACUGCCCUUAACUGUCAGAAAGCUUUUCUGUGUGUUUAGUUGGAAUCUCCUUUCUUGUCACUUGAAGCCAUUGGUUCACAUCCUACCCUCCAGAGCAGGAGAAAACAAGCAUGCUCCCUCUUCCACGUGACAGCCCUUGAGAUAUUUGAAGAUGGAUAUCAUAACUCCACUAACAUGAGUUUGACCAAACUGCAGGAGGCAGUGGAAGACAGGAGUGCCUGGCGUGCUCUGGUCCAUGGGGUCACGAAGAGUCGGACACGACUAAAUGACUAAACAACAACAACAACAACAACAAAUCAUAUCUCCUCUAAGUCUCCUCUUUUCCAGGUUGAACAUACCCAGCUCCUUCAACUGUUCCUCAUAAGGCUUGGUUUCUAGACCCUUGAUCAUCUUGGUCACCCUCCUCUGCACAUGUUCCGGCUUGUCAACAUCCUUCUUAAAUUGUGACACCCAGAACUGGACACAGUACUGCAGGUGUGGUGUGACCAAGGAAGAAUAGAAUUCGCUCUAUUCUUUCCCUUGAUCUGGACACUAGACUUCUGUUAAUACAGCCUAGAAUACCAUUCACCUUUUUUUUUUUUUGCUGUUGUUGACUCAUGUUAAACAUGUGGUCAGCCAAGACCCCUAGAUCCUGUUCACAUGUACCAUUAGUAAGCCGUCCACAGCUUACUAGCCAGGAUAAGAAUAACGCACCAGAUCCCCCUUGCAAUGUAGAUGUUCUCUCUCAAUACACACAGAUUUCAUCAUAGUAAUGGUGCCUCCUUUUGCUAAACAGAACUAGGAAAUGAGAGAGGAAAAUCGUUAAAUAGAAACGGAUAUGCAAAGUUGUGGUUUUGCAUACUUGAGAUACAAUGUGCCGCGUGGCACUUCCUCUAUUCCCCCCCCCUCUCUAUUGUACCUUAUUUAUUUUUUGUGGGGGUGGAGGAGAAGGGGUCAGGGUUCCUUCCUUUGAUCUCGCUGUCCGUGAAAAGCAAGCAGCAGGAAGCAAGGCAACGUGAAUGUCUGCAUGUAAUGCGAUGGAGCAAAGGCUAAAGACAUUUAGGCAGCUUACAGUGUAACAGAAUCAAAGCAAACUUCCUGGACAGGAUAAGCACAAACCGAAGCGUUCAUCAAAGGUUUCACGUUCCAGGGUUUUAUUUGGGAAUUGACAAAAGCCUCUGUUCUUAUUAGCCGAGUUUAAGGGAAUGGAUUAGUCUCCCUUUGGUAAAGAAAGGGAUUUUAGCAACGGCUUCAUCCAAACCAGAAUGCCACAUAUAUGGCAGGGAAUUCUUUUCUGUAAAAAAAAUAAAAAUAAAUGUAUGUGUCUUUAAAAAAGGGGAGGGGGUUUCACAGCAGCUGUUGACUUUUUCUGGGGAUGAAAGAGCUUUUUCCUUGAUCCACGGCAAACCUGAGUGUUCUGCCGUGGAGACAGGACAGACAGAACAUUGGUUGGGGAAAGGGAGGGCAUUCUGUUGACUGACAGCUGUGAGGAGUAGAGGGAGGGAGUGAACAUUCCAUGACAUCACAGUAGCUUAGCCAUUCAGGAACAGGGCAUGUGGAGAGACAUGGAGCUGCCAGUCUUUGCUCACCUAAGGUUUAAUGCCCUUUCUGUGUUUAACUUUUGGCAAAUUGACUAUGGGCUGGAGGGAAAUAAAACAGUUGAGCUAGCAGAAGUCCUGCUAGCACAAGUGGGGCUUUUUCGUAUGUCCUGCACCCAUGUGCCCCAGAUCAGCUCUGGUGGGGCGAGGGGUCAAGAGGACCCCAGGACAGCACAUGGGGGAGUAGGGUGUGCCAUUUUAGGGAAUUAAACUUAACUUUUGCAAAUUUAUUCAGUGAGGAGACUUAAAAAUAUGUGUGUUUUUUGGUGCGAGGAAAUCAAAUCUGCUAUUAUUUUUGUGAUUGGACAACGUAUAGCUUGGUAAGUCUACAUUUGAUGAAGAAGCACUGCUUUAGGAAAACCAAAGAAUUUUAAUUUUACCUUCUGAAAAUGUCAGGUAGUGCUAAAUAAUAAUAAUAAUAAAUAAAUACAAUAUUGAUAUAUAAUGUAACUACAGGUACUUGGCAAGCAUUUUUAAUGAUUUCUGUGCCAUUUUACAAACAUUUUACUUACCAGGCCAAACUAAAUCACAUUAAUUGAACCAAAAUAUCUUUCGAAUUCCCAAGUCACACUUUUUAGCAUCCCUCAUUUUUUUGGAAUUUGAAAGUUGACAAAUUCAACACGCCCUGAUGGGAGUUUGCUCCAUCUUCCAAGCAGAAAUGCACUGUGACAAAAUAGCGAUCUGAAUUCCUCCCUAUAUUUUGCAAACCUACAACCUAUAUUUUGCAAACCUACAUUUUAAUUUAGUGUCUCUUUCAUAAAUGACAUAUAUGCCAAGACUUUGGAUUUAGAAGUAAGGGUGGAUGUUUUACUUUUUAUUAUUAUUAUUUUUUACUGCAUGCUGCACAGAGUGUACCUUGCUUUCACUGACUCACAUAGAUCUUUUCUUUGACAGCACAUAUAUUCCAGUGCCACGCAAAAUCAAAGUCAACAAAGGCAAGGUGAGUUAUUGCUCUGAUCUGGCCACAAAGUUCUUCCAUACGUAAGCAUGGGCUACAUUCAGAUGAUCCUUCAAACCGUAGAAUUGUAGAAUUAGAAAGGACCAGCCCUUCAAUGCAGGAUUUUUUGCCCAGCAUGAGACUCGAACCCACGACCUGAGAUAAGACUCUCGUGUUCUACCAACUGAGCUGUCCAGCUGACUAACCAUAGAUGGAACUUCUCUAAGAUUUGCAGUGCUCGCUUACAAAGUUAGUUCCAUUUUGUGUACACUUGAAAAUGUUGGCAGCAUUAAGAUAAAUCCAGCAGUAUAAAUAAGUUUUGAUGGAUCCAAAAGUGGAAUGCUGAAGGGUUUGGUUUAUAUAAAAAAUGGAGGGAUUUAUGUUAUGCAGAAUGAACCAUGGAAGGAGAGGAAGGGAAGUCAUUGAUAUUUUAAGGAUGUUUAAAUGGACAUUCUAAAUUGUAACAACACAGCACAACACAACACAACACACAAAGUUAGUUCCAUUUAUGCAUCACUUCCAGGGAAACACCUUGAAGCAACUGAGCAAUAAAAGUAUCAGCAGUAGGAAACUUAUAUAGAAUAAUUUCUUAUAUCAAAACGAUUUCAAAUCCAAUAUGGAUACAAAGUGGGAUUAAAAGCCCCGGUUUAAAGGCUUGUUAAAAAAGGAAGCUUUUCAACAGCAGUGGUGCUUAUCUGAUAUGCAGCGGGAAGAAAUUCCACAGGACAGAUGCCAUCCCACCAAAGGUCCGAUUUCAACAACAGAAGGAAGAAGGGAACAGAUGGUAUCUGCAGUAAUCAGUAGGGUGUACAAGGGCUCAGACAAUCUUUUAGGUAUCUUGUACCCAAAAGCACACAGAAAAUGUGUGUUUUAGGAUAAAGUUGAUCUGGAAGUGUGUCGCUGGCAUCCAUCUGUCUUGAGAGGCAAUGGAGUGCACCUCCAGGGGUGAAGCUCACACUGCUGCGUUAGCACACUAUUGGUCACGUCCUCUGUAUCCACUGAAGCCUAUCUUCACAUGCAGGGGAAGUCCCUAACUCACUGAGGGUUUGAGACCCAUCAGGUACACUUGCCUGGUUUAGCCGGCCAGUCAAGUCCAUUACCAGGGGUCUGUACAUUGAGAUAAAAUACAUAUUUUGCAAUACAGUGGUACCUUGAGUUAAGAACUUAAUUCGUUCUGGAGGUUCGUUCUUAACCUGAAACUGUUCUUAACCUGAGCCAUCACUUUAGCUAAUGGGGCCUCCCACUGCUGCCGUGCCGCCACCGCAAGAUUUCUGUUCUCAUCCUGAAGCAGAGUUCUUAACCCAAGGUACUAUUUCUGGGUUAGCGGAGUCUGUAACCUGAAGCGUCUGUAACCUGAAGCAUAUGUAACCUGAAGUACCACUGUAGCAUGUUUAGUUGCCUUAUACUGAGUCGAGACUAUUGGCCCAUAUAGCUCAGUAUUGUCUACACUGACUGGCAGCUGCUCUCCGUGUUUUUGUUUUUUCUUUUCUUAAAAGGGACAUUCCCAGCUCUACGUAGGGAUGCUUAGAAUUGAACUCGGGGCAUUCUUUGAACAAAGCAGAUGCUGUACCACUGAGCCACAGCCCCAGUACCUACUUUGCAAUGAAACAUUUAACAAAACGCAUUUUAUAGGAAGAUUUUUGUACAGGAUUUUAUUUUUUUACUCUCUCAGGUGACUGUAGAAAUGUGGUGAAAUUGAUUUAUGAAUGAACACAUGUAAAAGGGGGGGGGACAGAACAAAAAUUUACAGAUCCCUCCACCCUUACUACAAACCCCAUAUCAUGGGGGGGGGGGGGGAUGAGCCAAAGUUUCAAAGGCGGCUUGCAAAGUGAUGCUGUUCAAAAUUCCCACCCUGUAACCGUAAGAAUAAGCAGGAACCAAGCUAGCAGUUCAGUGGCGUGGCUGCAUCUCCACUUACUGGUGGUGAUGGGAACUGCACACCUAGCAUUUCCUUGAACUGUUCAUUUAUUGCUGAGCUUUCCAAACUGUGUGUCGCGACACGUUAGUGUGUAGGUGUGUCACACGAACGCUCCUGGAAUGGGGUCAGUUGAACCUUCGGUUUGCUAGUAAAACUGAAUUACUGUGUCGCGAAAUGAUGCAUGUCUAAAAAGUGUGUCCCCCAACAUGAAAAGUUUGGAAAGCUCUGGUUUACAGUGGUACCUCGGGUUAAGUACUUAAUUCAUUCCGGAGGUCCGUUCUUAACCUGAAACUGUUCUUAACCUGAAGCACCACUUUAGCUAAUGGGGCCUCCUGCUGCUGCUGCGCCUCCGCAUGAUUUCUGUUCUCAUCCUGAAGCAAAGUUCUUAACCCGAGGUACUAUUUCUGGGUUAGCGGAGUCUGUAACCUGAAGCGUAUGUAACCUGAAGCAUAUGUAACCCGAGGUACCACUGUAUUGCCUGGGGCUGAUAGGAGUUUGAGGCAGAGUCCAAUCGCAUUCGAAGGACCACAAGGGCCACUCAUGUUCUAAAGGUUCUGACCCAUCCUGGUUUUUACAUGAUAAGGCAGGUGAAUAAAUGCAUAAAUUCUGAUUUUGAAACCCCACCUUUUACUGCAAAUUUGCACUUGAAGUCAGCGACUUCUAACCUUGUCCAAUUUCAUAUCUCGUCUUAGCGACCUUUUUUGCAUCCGUGUUGUAUCUGCAACCAAACUAACAAGGCCUGUUGAUUCAUUCUGUGCAGAUCCUGAUUUAUCACCCCUUCUUCAUAAAAUACGUUUAUGAUACCUGGCUGCAUCAUCAUGGGAGAUACCCCUCAACAGGCUUCCUGUCAGUUAUAUUUGCUCUUCACAUCUGCGAUGAGGUACGUGCAAUGCUAGGGCUCGGUGUAGACAUCAUGGGAAACUGUGGUUUGCGACUAUGCCCUCUCAAGAGGGAGAACAAAAGCUUCCACUUUUUAACCAAGCCCAGAUCCCUGGAGUGCUUGUGAGCAUUGCAGACAUCAUAGAACCACCGCUUCCAAUUCAUGAGAAGUAAUAGUGCCACUUUAUUCAGCACAUAAUUCACAUUCUCAAUGAGAUGUGAAUAUGGGCUAAUUCUCCAAGUUCAGAUGUAACCAAGUUCAGAUAACCAAACAAAAAUGAAAGCUUCUAGCCUCUUCCUCACAGAACAGAUGGGAGUGAACAAGGCUCACGCAGUUCAUUUAAACAAACCACAGUUGCCGGAUUCAGGAACUGUGGUUAGAUUUAAAUCAAAAGCAGAGGCUUUCAAACUCCUCCUUUGGCAUGGAAAAGAAAAUGAGAGAGAAGAGGGACCAAAUAGUAAACUACCGGAGCAGACCUGUUCCUCACAACCCCUGCGGUGAGGGAAAAAAUUGAUGCUGAAUGUCAGUUCUGGGUUAUUCAGGUACACGGGGAUGCAGGUGGCGCUGUGGUGUAAACCACUGAGCCUCUUGGGCUUGCCAAUCAGAAGGUUGGCGGUUCGAAUCCCUUCGACGGGGUGAGCUCCCAUUGCUCUGUCGCAGCUCCUGCCAACCCAUCAGUUUGAAAGCAUGUCAGUGCAAGUAGAUAAAUAGGUACUGCUGUGGCGGGAAGGUAAAUGGCAUUUCUAUGUGCUCUGGUUUCCAUCACGGUGUCCCGUUGCACCAGAAGCGGUUUAGUCAUGCUGGCCACAUGACUCGGAAAGCUGUCUGUGGACAAACGCUGGCUCCCUCGGCCUGAAAGCGAGAUGAGUGCCACAACCCCUUAAUUGCCUUUGACUGGACUUAACCAUCCAGGGGUCCUUUAACUUGUUCAGGCACAGUGGUACCUCGGGUUAAGAACUUAAUUUGUUCUGGAGGUCCGUUCUUAACCUGAAACUGUUCUGAACCUGAGGUACCACUUUAGCUGCCGCCAUGCAAUUUCUGUUCUCAUCCUGAAGCAAAGUUCUUAACCCGAGGUACUAUUUCUGGGUUAGCGGAGUCUGUAACCUGAAGUGUCUGUAACCCGAGGUACCACUGUACAUGACUUAAACCAGAUUCAUUCAUUCUUCUCCCACAUGCACAAUUUCUAUCGUGUGGCAGGGAGAUUGGAGAUAUAUUGGGAAGGUGAACCUCUGCAGUAGGGCUCCUUCUCUGCUUAGGGAAGGUGAUGAAGCUGGGGAUGGGAAAGAGAUAGAAGGGCCAGGAAUCUCGUUCCUGCUCUCCCCUCAUCACAUGAGCUUGCAGAGGACUUCCGUCCAUGGAAAUGGGGAAAGAGAUUGAAUACUACAUGAGAUACACGUUGUCACCAAUUUGGAUGGCUUUAAAAGAGGACAAAUUUGUGGAGGACAGAGCUACCAAUACCUCUGAAAACUAGUUUCUGGGAAGUGGUGAGGGGCUCCUGUGCUCAGUUCGGCUUGCGAGCUUCCCUUAGUCUCAUCUGGUUGACCACUUUGAGAACAGGAUGCUGGACUUAGAUGAGCCUCUAGCCUGAUAAUAAUAAUAAUAAUUUAUUAUUUGUACCCCACUCAUCUGGCUGGGUUUCCCUAGCCACUCUGGGCGGCUUCCAACAAAGAUUAAAAAUACAGUGGUACCUCGGGUUACAUACGUUUCAGGUUACAGACUCCGCUAACCCAAAAAUAGUUAAGAACUUUGCUUCAGGAUGAGAACAGAAAUUGUGCUCUGGCGGCACAGUGGCAGCAAGAGGCCCCAUUAGCUAAAGUGCUGCUUCAGGUUAAGAACAGUUUCAGGUUAAGUACAGACCUCUGGAAUGAAUUAAGUACCUAACCCAAGGUACCACUGUACAUUAAAAUGUCACACAUUAAAAACUUCCCUGAACAGGGCUGCCUUCAGAUGUCUUCUAAAUGUCAGGUAGUUGUUUAUCUCUUUGACAUCUGGUGGGAGGGUGUUCCACAGGGCGGGCACCACCACCAAGAAGGCCCUCUGCCUGGGUCCCUGUAACUUGGCUUCUCGCAGUGAGGGAACCGCCAGAAGGCCCUUGGCGCUGGACCUCAGCGUCCGGGCAGAAUGAUGGGGGUGGAAACGUUCCAAGAGCACUUGCUACGUUGAAGGCCGAGACUUCUUUAGAGUUCUUUUCUCUUUUUCCUUGCAGGUGGACCUUUACGGCUUCGGAGCCGACAGCAAAGGGAACUGGCACCACUAUUGGGAAAACAACCCAUCAGCUGGGGCUUUCCGCCAGACGGGCGUCCACGACGGGGAUUUUGAAUCCAACGUAACGUUGACUCUUGCCUCGGUCGACAAAGUACGCUUUUUCAAGGGCAGAUGA